GCCACCUUACUACCAAAGUUGUCUCUUCUCGGAUGAAAUUAUGAUUCCAGUCUAUCCUUGUAAAUUUCACUAUUUCCAGCCACUAAUGCUCCACCCCACUUCACUCUAUAAAGCUCCUGUCUUUACUCUCAGUUUGUUUCAUACAAAGCCAAGAGAGAAAAAGCAUACUCUUUUGUUCAGUUCUUGUGUCAACCAAUUCUCAUUUCUACUGGGUGGUGUGAUUUCAGGUCUGCAGAGAAGGCCUUCUGUUUGGACUCCCUCUGGCAUUCUUUGGACUUCCGAAGUGAAUAUAUUUCGACCAAGAUGAAUGGUCAAGGUAGCACCUACAACUCAUUUCCUGAAGGCCUUUAUGUUGACCAUGGGCUGGAUGUCAACAAUCCUGGGUUUGCUCUGAAUAAUGUGUUUCCUCCCGAUGUCGCAGUUCAUGAUAGCCACACUGGUAAUGGCUGGACGGGUCAAUCCAGGUCCAGUGUGAACGUCCAAAACAUGAUCAGUUUUCAGGAAUUAUUAGGUGAGGAUGGAUGGCUUUCUUCUGCUGAUGAUCCUGAUGGAACUGGUCAAAGGUUUCAAGGAAGGAAUUCUGGGCCAUAUAUUGCUCCUUUUCAAGAGAGCACUUAUAUGUUCCCGAGUGAUGGUCAGGUCACAAAUGAGCCAUCGAUUUUGCAAGGGGUUAAUUCUGGUGCUCUCACUCAGAACCUAGACUUAAAUGCCUUGUUUGAGAGCAAUAACAGUGAUGCCAAUCAGGAUAUGGGGGCAGGUUUAAGCCUGAGUCUAUUCAAUCCUGAUGACGUAGAAGCUGAUCAAUAUCCACCGGCCAACGAUUCUUCAAUUCCACUUGUAAUAUCUUCUGGACUUGCGGGAUAUGUGUUGGAAGAAGAUGAUGGCAGAGAGGGUCUUUCAUCAGAGGGUAGGCGAGUAUCCUGCAAAAGAAGAGCACCUGAAGAUGCUCCUAGACUACUGUCUUUGGGUGAAAGUUCAAGCUCAGGUCAACAAGCUGGAAAUUCUGAAUGGGAAGCUGUUCCUGCCCAAGGAAAUGCCAAUAGCGGCUUGAAUGUAUCAACUCCUUUGAUUAUUUCUUCAAAUGUUAGUCAGACUUCAAGUGGUCCAGGACAAGAAGAAAGUUCCCAUAGAACUAUUCGUCUGAGGAGAGCUGCAAAUCCACAAGAUUCUAUACCAUCUCGUAUAUUGUCAAGUGGGACCACACAAGAUUCUCAUCUACAGUCACACACUCAACCAACGAACUUUUUUCCGUUUGAUCACUUUCCAACCUCAAGCUCAGCAGCAACAUUACCAGUUAAUGCAACUCCUCCAGAGCAGGCUUUUGUGCAUACACCCAUCUCUUUGCAAAAUCUGCAGCCUUCCCCAUGGGAUGAUUUGACAAAUGCAAGACCUGAUGUGUCUUCUAUUCCUCCUGUUUAUGCUGUCAAUGGUGGUGAUACUUUGCAGCAACAGAACUCAAGGAACAUUCCUAGAAACACCCUGCCUGUUCCUGAAACUGAAAGGGGGAAUGUAGCCCAGAAUCCAACAGAAAUUAACUUUGUCAAUGGGAAUUCAAACUCUCAGGGAAAUGUUGCUUUGGGUUCAAGAAAUGGCACUCUUUCAGGCAUUCAUGUCUCAUCUGUGCCUACUGGGGUUCCUGAAUGCAAUGUACCUGAACAGUAUGCACAGACUCGCUCUACCACUUCAUCUGCUGGCUUUGAGUCUAGAGGGUGGGGUAGUCACUGCCCACUAUAUUCAGGGACUUCUGCAGCAGCACGGGAAAUGGACCUUUCAGUUAGAGGUGGUAAUGUAAGACCUUUUCAGGUAUACAUGAAUUCAGAUUUGAUGACAAGACCUCAGAGACAAGCUGGUGGUUAUCCUGCAAAUCCCUCCGCACCACAGUCCAUCGGUGCUACUUAUGAAGUAAGCAGACUGAUAGCUGAGGUUCGAAAUGCCGUAGCACUUGUUCGUAGGGGUCGCGCUUUACAAUUUGAGGAUGUUAUGGUUAUUGACCCUUCAGUUUUAUAUGGUGUACCUGAGGAGGAUGAUAUGCAUGAAGACAUGCGUCUUGAUGUAGAUAACAUGUCUUAUGAGGAAUUACUGGCUUUGGAAGACCACAUUGGGAAUGUCGGCAUUGGAUUGAGCGAAGAAGCUAUUCUCGCAAAUUUGAGGCAGCGAAAAUAUGAGUUCAUCACAUUAGAAUCUCCUGCAGAGAAAGAACCAUGCUGCAUUUGUCAGGAGGAAUAUGUUGAUGGAGAUGAUCUUGGGAAGCUAGAUUGUGGGCAUGACUUUCACUUCACCUGUGUUAAACAGUGGCUAGUACUGAAGAAUUCCUGCCCCAUUUGCAAAAAGAUGGCCCUGGCUUGUAGAGACACAGAUAAUUAAGUUCAGGGUUCCUUUUCCGAACUAGAGAUGAAACCAGAAAGGUGCUUCCCAGCCCUUGGGAUGGCAUCUUUAGUAUCUUUAUAUACAUCAUCAUUUUAUGUUGCUUUGUUUUGACGGUUUUUCAUUGUAGCAAUGUGCAACUCCAUGAGACACCUUAGUGCCUCUUGAUCUUGUUUUUUACUCAAGAAGUUAAUGGUUUCUAUGGCUGGGGUGACAUGCUAGGGAAUCCUCCUAGUGGAGGGGAUGUGUUAUAGAACCAAAUUUUCUGUACUUCUAUAUAUGUUCAUGAGCUGCUUAGGUGUUCAUGGAUAUCCUGCUUGUCAACUAGCUGGCUAAUAGAUGGAACCUCAGCCAUGGAAAUUCAGGAGCACUUGACUUAUUUUCAGACAACGUUUAAGUUUUGAAACUGUGACUUUAAAAUGGCAACUUUCUUAUUUGAAGGCUGCUUCGUUGGCUUAGUCUCUUAUCCC